AUGGCUUCGUUCGUGGAAGAGCUGUGGUCGAGCGUCUUCACGCCGGGCCCCACACCGACACUGUUGAUCGCAACCAACGUCACCUUUGCAGCACUCCAGUUCGUCUUCUUCGUCCUCCUCCUAGCCACCCAUAGCAUCCACUUCGUCGUCCUUUCCUUCCUGAGCGCCGGGCUGUGGUACUCCAUCAACUGGUUCGCGCAGGAAGUCAGCGCCGUGCAGCGAGCACAGGAAGCCGAGAAGAAAGCACAGGCCGAGGCAGAGACAACUGGGUCCGAUAGGAAGAAGGAUUCCGUGGACAGCGCCGACAGUGAGACAGAGACCGAAUCCCUGUCUGGCCAGAAGCCCACCGCCGUCGCAACCGGCAGGGCUGCGUCAGCGAGACUCCAGCCGACCGACGAGGAUCCCAAGAAGCGUGUCAGUGCAGGCGGCGACAGCUCUGGAUACGGCAGCACCGAUAGCGAGUGGGAGAAGGUGGAGGAAAACUAG